AUGGCGCUGAAACGGUUCACUUCUAGCGUGGAUGGGACAAUCCCUGUACAGGCACUGUUGUUCGACGACGAGACCCUUCUCACAUCUCAGGAAGGUGUGGGCAUAUAUGAUGGCCCGCAGAAAGCACCACAUCACCAAUCCGGUACCGUUUACGCGACCACACAUCGACUGUUCUACGUCGACGGCGCUCAUCCUUUCUCGCGAUCCUUCUUACUCGAUCUGGAGCAUGUUGGCAGGACGGAGUACUACGCCGGCCUCUUCACCAGCUCCGCCAAAGCCACGUUAUACCUCAACUCGCCUCCAACACCAGCACAGCCUCAAGCACAACCUCCAUCGUCAUCUACAAGUCUCAGUCAACCACCGCCAAAGCCUUCGACGCCUAAUCGGGAGGUCGAAUUUUGGGAGUGCGGAAUGUCGAAGACUCCGAUCAACAUCCCCACCAAGGCGACCCCUCCACUCUCCUCGAUCUCGACAUCGCUCCCAUCGUCCUCCUUUAACCUCGCCCGACUGAGCCUCUCCACAUCGACAUCUCCAGCGCCUUCGCCUCCGGUACCAGCUGUCGCCAGUUCGACUGGUGAGAUUGCGUGCGUUGCGUGCACCUUCAUCAACAGCCCUCUGCUACGAGAGUGCGAGAUCUGUGGUACCGCGCUUCCCAAGCCUGCCCCCCAGGAGCAACCGAUUCUCCCAGCUGCUGUUCGCUCCGCUCCAGCCUCGCGAUCUGCCACCCCGCAGCCAGACUCUGACGACGAUUGGGACGAUGACUCGCCGGAGAAGCGCAUGAUCCGACUGAGCUUCCGCAAGGGAGGCGACAAGCCGUUCUACAACGUUCUCCGGAGAAGCAUACUCGGGAAAGCGUGGAAGUCGAAGUCCACCUCUGCCGCCGCAGACUCGAGUGCCGUCGGUUCCUCGUCACGACCGCUCGGCAGGUCAGGGAUCAAUGGUAUCCUCCGCUCCGUCGAGACCACCGCCGCAACGUCGCAGUCGAAUAUGGAAGACUCGCUUGCCGACCUCGAGGCGCUCAUGGUCAAGUGGAAGGACAUGGUCAAGCUCUCGCAAGACCUCAACGAACGGCUCACGGCCGCGUCGUCCACACCCUCGGCGUCCGCGCCCGUCGAGCCGGAGGAGGCGACCUUCAUCCGGUCGUCGCUCGCGCAGCUCGGACUGCAGAUGAGCAAUGCCCCGGUGACUCAGGAUAUGGUCCGCGACGAGCGCGCUUGGUACGAGGGGCUCGCGCGCGAGCUGGCUGGGGUACUGGAGGGCUCCGGCGCGGCAGGGAAGGGAGGCGAGGGCAUAAUGCGCCGUCGCGGGAUCGUGGGGCUAGACGGGGUCUGGGGCGGGUGGAACCGCGCGCGGGGGGUCGCUCUCAUCCCGCCCAACACAUUUCUGCAAGUGCUCCCCCUCCUCCCCUCGUUCACGAACCCACCGAUCCAGAUGCGCACCUUCGCCGCCUCCGGCCUCUCCGUCCUCCACACGCCGCCGUACGGAGCCGCGGCCUUCACCGCCCGGCUCGUCGGCAUCCUAACCCACACCGGCCCGCGGACGACGGUGGAGAUCGCGACGGCGGAGGACCUCCCGAUCGGGCUCACGCAGGAGAUGGUCGACGAGGCGGAGCGCGCGGGCGACGUCUGCCGCGACGAGGGCGGCGCCGGCGUCGCCCUCUUCUCCGGGGGCGCGGGCGGGGCGGAGGUCCGGUGGUGGCCGAACGUCUUCCGGGAGUAUGUGUGGGACGGGCAGCUGGUGCUGGACGCGUGA